GCAAUUUGCAAAGCGAUCUGACUUCGACAAAUCCUGUCCGAGUGAAUCAUGGAAAACGAUCAGAUCGUUUUCCAGCGCGGGAGGGUUGCUGAAGCAGUGAAGGACUGAAGCAUAAGGAAGGCGCUUCCUCUACGCUCUGCUUUCCAUAGGCCGUGACCUCUGCCACUGGCGAAGUAAGCAGGCUCGCUUCCUGAACCACCUCCAACAUUCAGCUUUAAUCUCUCUUUGCUGUCGAGUGCCACAAUCAAACAUGAGCGGAUCUCGGAGCAUGGCGCUCCUGGGGAGGCGCCUACUGGCACCUCGGGCGGUCGUUCCAGUUAGAGGCGGCGCAGGCCAACCCAUAGGAAGCGCCCCCCCCCCUUCCAGUCCGUUGCCCGAGAGUGACGAGUUGACAUGGGACGAUGGCAGCGCGACCCCGGAGCCCUGCCUGGACAUCGUUGCACCGACGCUCACCAAGUACGAAGCCCUGGCGUACUUGUCUUUGGGCUUGAGUGGUUUUGCGGCUCUCCUCGGAGUAGCAUGGUACAAAGAUAAAGCGUCGACAAUUCCAUACACGCCUCGAGAAUAUCCAUACGACAAUCUUCGAGUAGAGCUAGGGAAAGAGCCAGCCUCGUGAGCUCUUUAGAGCAAGGGCAGGCCGCACUGCUUGUUUUUUCCUUUGUACAGUAAAUUUACUGAUGCCGUGCCCGAUCCGUUUAAACCCGUCUGAUCUAGAGGCUUGCUUACAUUUGUAUGGUGUCGAUCUUCAAUGGAUAACUUGAUUCGAU